AUGGCUCCGAAGCCUCCACCCAUAGGACCCCCGCCGCCGCCUGGUCCACCACCACCUCCCGUGUUUGGUGGCGCCGCGAAAGGUGGAUCUUCUGACAAUAGAAGUGCGUUACUAAGCUCAAUUAGACAAGGAGCAAAAUUAAAAAAGACUAUUACUGUUGACAAAAGUGGACCUUACAUACCUGGCAAAGUUUCAAGUGUUUCAAGCGGAAGUUCAACUGUUGGAAAUGGUGUUAAAAGUGGUGCACCGGUGCCAAAUGGAGGAGGUACUAUUGGUCCAGGACUUGGAGGGUUAUUUGCUGGUGGAAUGCCAAAGCUAAGACCAACAGGGAAGUUAGCAGGUACUACUCUCAAUGGCCAAGUUAAAGCGGACGCUCCACGAUUUCCGGUACAAACACCACAAUCGCAACAUUCUCAGAGAUCUUCACCGGAGAAGAAUAAACCUGUUAUACCAUCUCCUUUGCCUGGCAAUAAACUGAGCGCCAUAUCAGCGGUGCUGAACGAAGCAAUGGCUAUGAGGGAGUCUUCACACGAUUCUUCAACAGAUAUCAGGGAUUCUCCGAGGGAUCCUCCUCCAAAUCGGCCAGUUGUGAAACGGCAUCCGAGCGAAGUUAAAACUCGGGGACCUCCGCCACAACCACCAGUCCAAAAAUCUGCAAUGCCUUUGAGUUCAUCAGACUCGGUGCUGACGACAGGGGCCGUUGUGGAGCGCGCUAAUAGCUUACAGAAUGCGGAGCAAAAUCUGCCGUCCCAUGUCGCAUCCACCCUUCACCGCAAUAAGAGCUCGCUUCAUUCCACUUCACAGGCCUCUCUUGGCGGCAGUAUGACGUCGCUGACGUCCGCACCUGCAGCGGCCGCGCCGGGCGCGUCGCUGUCUUCGCUGUCGACGUCGGACCUGACGGAGCGCGCGCGGCCGAGCCACGGCAAGCCGAACGUGGCGCCCAAGCCGCCGGCGCCCUCGCCGCCGCCCAAGAAGCUCGUGCUCAACGGCAAGGUGGCCGCGCGCGCGCAGAGCAUGCGGGUGCCCAGGUCGCCGCCGGUGUCGCCGCCGUCGCCGCCAGGCGCGCCGACGCGGCCGCCGCAGCCUCCGCCCGCCAAUCCGCACAUCGCCACCAAGAACCCCGCCUCACAUUUCGCGUCAAACACCGAAUUAGACAUAAGCAGAGGGGAGUGUAACAACUGCAUGGUGUACACAGGUACGCUACGUGGUCCGCGUACGCUGCGUCCGCCGGGCGUGUGCCCGCCGCCGCCGCCCGGCGCGCCCCCGCCGCCGCCCGCGCGCCACGCCUCGCUGGCGCCGCUCCCGCCCCCGCCGCCGCCGCACCACAGGCACAACAGUAUAACGAGCAUCACGAGCAGCACGAGCGAGGAGGGCGCGGCGCCGGCGCCGCCCGCGCGCGGCUCGUCCAUGCGUGCGCCGGACCUGGAGGCGCGCUUCGCGGAUCGCUUCCGGCCGCCCGCCGCCUUCCCCGCGCCCGACCCCUUCCUGCGUAUCGCCAAGGACUACAGCAGCGCCGCGCCCGCGCUCGCCGCAGUGAAUAAAGCGCAAGCACCUCUGCCGCCAUUGAAGGUUCCGCUGGAAGGCUGGUCGGGCACUUCGAGCGCUUGCUAG